UCCUCAAUCCCCCUCUCGGAGGCGUCUUGGUGAGUGGAGAAUGGAAACCAUUGCGACCACCUUCGCCUCGUGGCCGCCUUCGCCUCCCUCUUCUAAGCUCUCCUCCUCUCUCUUCUUCUCUCAUGGCCUCCUCUUUUCCUCCGAUUCCCAUACGCGAGAUGCGGCGGCGCCGCCUUUGGCCGCCGCCCCACUCAGGAGAAAAGCGCACCAGUCCGUCAGAGCCCCCGCGAUGACGGGCUGCAGGAGGACGCUCUCGGAGGGGUGGGAUCUGUCGGGCUUGGUGGCUAGGGCUUCUUGGAUGCCAAAGUUCGAGGAGCUCGACACCACCAACAUGCUCCUCCGUCAGCGGAUCGUCUUCUUGGGCUCCCAGGUGGAUGACAUGACUGCUGAUCUGAUUAUCAGCCAGCUCUUAUUUCUAGAUGCGGAAGACCAAAGGAAGGACAUAAAGUUGUUCAUUAAUUCACCUGGUGGCUCUGUGACAUCUGGAAUGGGAAUAUAUGAUGCUAUGAAAUUAUGCAAGGCUGAUGUUUCUACUGUUUGCUUGGGUCUUGCGGCAUCCAUGGGUGCAUUUCUGCUUGCUUCUGGAACCAAAGGAAAGAGAUUUUGCAUGCCAAAUGCAAGGGUCAUGAUUCAUCAACCACUAGGAACAGCUGGUGGCAAAACAACUGACAUGGGGUUACGGAUUAGAGAAAUGAUGUACCACAAGGUGAAGAUGAACAAAAUUUUGUCAAGAAUCACAGGAAAACCUGAGAAACAGAUUGAAGAGGACACAGACCGUGACAAUUUCAUGAACCCUUGGGAGGCCAAGGAAUAUGGGUUGGUAGAUGCUGUUAUAGAUGAUGGGAAGCCGGGCUUGGUUGCACCAAUAGCAGAUUCAUCACCUCCUCCAAAAACCCGUGUGUGGGAUCUGUGGAAGAUCGAGGGAAGCAGAAAAGCCAGGCAGAAUCUGCCUUCAGAGCAGAAGCUUUCCCAAAAUGGAUAUAAAGCUGGCAGCGGGAGCGAUGAGGAGAAAGGAAAGGAACAGACAGAGGAAGCUCCUACAGCUGUAUGAAACACAGAAUUGAAAUCCCAAUCUUCAAAAUCUGAAAAAAGGAAUGAAGAUGAGUUUUGAGCUCUACGUAGUGGUGCUGUUUUACUCGGAACUCAAAACAAAAAAUAAUGCCAACAGGAAACAGGGUGAGAUGCCAUUUUACUAGUGUGCAAAUUUGGAUGAAAUUGCUGCUACUACUUUCUCAUGGAUCCUUGCUUCAGGAUUUCACCUUCAAAGGCAAUUGAAAACUUGGUGACUGGUGAUACCAUGUAUGACAUUCUAAUUGUCUGUUUUCUUUCUUUCCUUUUUUUUUUUUUUGGGAAACAGUAUUGAUAGACUGUUGUGGCCUUUCUUAACGACUUUUAUUAUUCUUAACCUCUUUUACUAGAUAUAGCUCAAUGGCAGGUAUAAUAUCCUGCUCUUGCCACUUA